CAUUAUAAGAAUAAUUGAAUACUAUAAUUUGCUAACUCUCACUCUCAGCAACAUUUAUUACUAACAUUAAACCAUUUCCAAUUACAGUCUCAUCUGGGCUGUCUUUGGUUUUUUCUUCUGUUUACACCUGCUCUUGAUUCUUCCACAGAUUUGCCUUGCACUCAUGAGUUGUGCAUUAUUUUCUUCAGACAAUACAAAGAGACCAAAUUGGCUUCUGGAAAGAUUUGUGAAAUCUUGAAUAGUUGAAUUUAUUGAUUUCUUGGUUUAGUUAAUAAAGCUCCAACCUUUAUGAGUUUGGAUGUGGGCUGAAGAAUGUGAAGUUCUUGGAUUUGGGAUUUGGCAUUACUUUCCAUUUUACUAGGAUUUGUAUUGGGGGUCUUUGGUAUUGAAGAUUCUGAAUUGAAUUCAUAUGGAAAUCAAUAAGACUCAUCUCGGAUUGCGGUGGAAGAGUUUGUAUUAGUAUUUCUAAAGGAGCCUUGGAUCCAAGGUUGUCAAAUAAUUGACUAUUACAUAGUUGUCAAAUUUCAGUAGUGUAGUGGAGGGAAAAGGAGAUAAUGGCUGCAAAGAUUUUGCAAUCACUUUCAGAGGAAAAUCCGGAGUUGUCGAAGCAAAUAGGAUGCAUGACCGGAAUUUUCCAGCUAUUUGAUCGUCAACAUUUAGCGACUGGUAGGCGCAUCACAGGUCACCCGAGAAGACUUCCUCCUGGUGACUCCGAAUAUGACUACAGCACUAGUGGUACAAAUAUAAAUAAGAAUAACAGAUACUACAGACGUCCGACAGUGGAAAAUCAGUCAAACAAACAUAACAUUGAGAAACAAAGAUUAUCCACAGAAACGUCUAGACCUUCGUUUUCCUCUUCAUCCCGUUCGUCUUCUUUCUCCUCUCUCGACUUUAACAGAACAGCUCAACCAGAGCCCUUAUCCUUUGAUCGUAUGAUUUUUUCUGAAGUCCCUUCGAAGGAACAAGCGUUAAGCCAGUCAAGCGCAUCUCCACAUUCUGAGCGUCAAGUCUCUAAUCUUCGUGAUGUGGUCAGGGACUCCAUGUACAGAGAACUCCGUGAAGUAUCAGUUAAAACUAAUAAAAAAGAGGCAGCAUCUGAUUCUUUGGUGAAGCGAAGGGACUCACCGAGACCGCUUCAUUUAUCCAAAAGCAAUGAUGAAUUUUAUAGACAUGGCCGCGAUGAAAGACAUAAUAUGCCGGUCGAUCUUGAGGAGCCUCUUAAAUUUAUUUCUGAAGUUCGAGAUGCACGACCUUGGUAUUUGGAUGAACCUAGUAAACUCUCAAGGUCGUCAUCCUACCAAUUCAGAGAUGGAUCUUCAUAUUUAAAUCCAAAGGACGCUCCACGCUAUUCAUAUGAUGAAAGGGGAAAAAGUCACUUAUCUUACUAUUCACAGGACAGUAUGAACCAAACCUUAAAGCUAAAAGAACUACCAAGGCUAUCAUUGGACAGCAGAGAGAGUUCAAUGCGGAGUUUCAAUUCCGACACACAAUCUAGCUUUAUGUCAAAGGGUAUGCAGGACAGUGGGAAUUAUACUGAGCAGAUUCUCUUACGUCAGCACCAAACAUUCGAAUCUCAGCAACGACCUCCCAGCGUCGUAGCAAAGUUGAUGGGAUUGGACUCAGUGCCAAAUUCUGCAUCCAACAUAGAUAACAAGAUUGGAACUAAUCCUGUCAAAGAAUCUGAAGCCUCUUCAAGCUCCUCAAAAGCAACUAAUGCAUACAGAUCGAUACAACCAUUUGAUUAUUCUAGGAACUCUUUGAAGGAACCAACAUCACCCCGCUGGAGAAAUCCCAAUCCAGUUAAGAAACCCCUAUCAAGAGUUUCUGUUGAACCAGCACCAUGGCAUCUGCUUGACGGGACUCGAGGGUCUCAGAAGGCGGUUCCUAGAAAUUUGAAAGCUCUGGGAAAAGCUCCGAGCUCCUUUCCUUCCGUUUACAGUGAGAUAGAAAAUAGAUUGAAAGAUCUUGAAUUUAGACAAUCCGGAAAGGAUCUCAGAGCUCUUAAACAGAUACUUCAAUCAAUGCAGAUGAAGGGGCUGGUAGACACCAGCAAAGAAGGACAUCGAGACCAUGAACAAAUGUACACAGCUCCCGAUCAAAAUACAAGAGAGAUGAACCAAAAACAGAAACAGAAUGAUAAUGUUUCUAGUCAUACUUCCCAGAGAUCCAUUUCUUUAAGGACAUCUGAAUCUCCGAUUGUCAUCAUGAAACCUGCAAAACUUGUAGAAAAAUCUGGGAGCCGUACUUCAUCAGCAGUGCCACUUGGCCGCUUGUCCAUCAAAUCUAGGCGACAGGGCUAUGACUAUCUUGAUAAGACAAUUGGUUCAGUUACUAGCAAAAUGGAUAAGGAUCAGAUUUAUAAGUCUACUCACAGAGACCACACUGAGACAUCUACCAACAUGAAAGUCAAUGUCAGAACUCCAAAAACACAAAUAUCAACGAGACACCAACAGGUGCACACAGAAAGCACAACCAGUUCGGUACAGAGCUCAGCAUCAAUCAGCCCAAGACUGCAACAAAAGAAACAUGAUUUGGAGAAGCGAUCCCGACCUCCUAUGUCUCCAUCUAAUUCCAGUAAAUUAAAGAAGCAACAAUCAAACAAGCAGCAACGAGAGUCAAGUUCACCUGGUGGGAGACAUCGAGCUAAAUCCUCAAUUUUGCAAGAAAGUGAUCAUCAAAUCAGCGAAAACAGUACUGGAGCGAGGAAAUCAAAUUACAGAGUGAACAUUAACUCUUUGGUUUCUAAUGAAGUCAACAGUGCAGUAAGGCCCAGUGGAAUUAGUGGCAACCAGAGUUCAUUAAUGCAGACUGCAAAGUACUCUAAAAGCCGUGUAGCGAAGAAAUCAAGUGUGAUUAGAAAUGAUGAUGAUUCAGUGGCAGAACUUGGUACAACUUCCCCUGAAUAUCCCAGUCCCGUAUCGGUCCUUGACGGUGCAGUAUAUAUUGAUAAUGAAUCAUCACGUUUGAAUGAAAUCCUAGUGACUAUCAAAAAUAAUUCUUUGUCGAAUUUAAGUGACAACAUAACAAAAGAGCAGUUUCAUCCAGUUGAUAACAAUGUAUCUAGAACCGAGGAAUCUGUUCUUGCACCUCAUGUUAAUCGACAGAAACUACAAAGCAUUGAUCACUUGGUACAGAAACUCAGAAGAUUGAACUCGGGCCAUGAUGAAGCCCGGACAGAUUAUAUUGCAUCUCUUUGUGAGAACACAAAUCCUGAUGACAGAUACAUAUCUGAGAUAUUGUUAGCUUCUGGUCUGCUCCUCAAGGAUCUUGGCUCAAACUUGACAACCUUCCAGUUUCACCAAUCAGGCCAACCAAUUAACCCUGAGUUAUUCUUGGUAUUGGAACAAACCAAAGCUAGUAAUCGACUCAAGGAAGACUGUAGAGCAGAAAAGGUUGUGCAACUGAAGCCUGACAAUGAAAAAACCCACAGAAAACUCAUCUUUGAUGCUGUUAAUGAAGUUCUAACCACAAAGUUGGCUUUCCUCAGACAGUCUACGGAACCUUGGAUUCAGCCUCUGACUGUAACAGGGAAGACCCUCAAUGCACAAAAGCUCCUUAGAGAAUUGUGUUUUGAAAUUGAGCAGCUUCAAGCCAAGAAACAGGCUUGCAGCUUGGAGGAUGAGGAUGAUGGGCUAAAAAGCAUCUUGUGGGAAGAUGUGCUGCAUCCAUCGGAAAGUUUUACAGAUUUUCAAGGAGAAAUAUCAGGGUUGGUAUUGGAUAUCGAGAGAUCGCUCUUCAAAGACUUGGUUGGAGAGAUUGUUACCAGUGAGGCUGCUAACGUGCGAGUAAAAACCACUAGUAGGCUUUGUAGGCAAUUGUUUGUGAACUAGUUAGCCAUUAUUCCUUAAUUGUCUACAAAUUUGAUCUCUCUGGACUGAGAAUUUGAUGGAUUUUCCAUAACUUGUAUUAGGAGCAAUGCAAAUACGAAAUUUUAAAAUUUUGUUUAUAAGAUGUUUUCUUUCAAAUUUUCA